AUGGGUGUCAACCUAGCGGGGGCCGGGCCCAGCCGGGCCGGCCCCACCAAAAAUUCCGCUAACGCGAACGGCUCCGCGAGCCCGCAUAUUCAUAGGGAAAACGAUAAAACUUUAGAUAAUAACGAAGCUCGAUCCAGCGAGCCCAAAAGCCCUAUUACCGUCGCACAUAACAUAAGUAUAAACGUGACCGACACCGACUCGCCCGCGGGCGUGCGUCGCCGCAUCCACCUGCGCUCGCUCAGUGACGUCACACCCACCAGCCGCGCGCCCACGCCGCGCGCGCGCUCCCACUCCGAGCGGCCCGCGCCCUCCCCCGCCCCCUCCCCCGGGCCCUCCCCCGCGCACGCCGCCCUCGCCGCGCCGCGCGCCGUGUGCAGCGCGCGCACGUCGCCCGCCGCCUCGCGCGAGCGCCUCGACGACGUCGCCGCGGACCGCGUGCGUCGCGCCGACCGCCUUCGCGGCGACGCCGUGUCCGUGCUCGGUGACCCAUGGCGCAAGAUGAGUGAUCUCGACCUGCGGGGCGGCCGGCCGCGCCGCGACACCCGCGACGACCCCUGGGUGAAGAAACCUGCCGCACGGACCGCCGCCGACACGACCCGCGAGCGAGCCCCGUCCCGCGAGGACGUCGCCCGCGCCAACGCCGACCCUGAUCCAAAACGGGACGGAACAUUCAGGCGCGGCAAACUCGAGAGAAAGGCGGCGGUGGUGUGCGAGUCGUGCGGCAACGAGAGCUGCGAGUGCUGGCGGCCGCGCAGUCCGGGGGGCCCCCGCACGCCGCGCGCUGCGCGCUCGCUAACGGCGGGCGCCAGUGUGGCGGGCGCGGCCCCGCGCUGCACGUGCGAGGCGCGCUCGCCGCGGCCCUCGGCGUGUGAGGCUCGUUCGCCGCGGCCUUCGCCGAGUGAGGCGCGCUCGCCGCGGCCCUCGCCCUGCGAAGCGCGCUCCCCUCGACCCUCGCCCUGCGAAGCGCGCUCCCCUCGACCCUCGCCCGCGCGCCUAGCGCCGCGUCAACCGGUGCGCGCUUUGUCCGAUGACGAGGGACGUCCGCGCCGGCUAUACAAGUCCGCUUCGCAGAAAAUUAUCUGUACAUCUAUGGAAAACGAAAGCGUUAAGAAAGCCGCGGAUCCUCUUUUAGAAACUACAUGUUAA